UAUAACGCUGUAUCAGAGUGUGCAGUUGACCCUCUUUUUUGCACUUUCUCCUCCAACAUUCAGAAGUCAUGUGACUGAGGCUUUGUCCACCCUUUCCCCCUUGACCCCCCUCAGAUGAAAACCCUCCAUCUCCUCCUCUGACCACCGCAGAAACAUGACGGCGCACCGGAGUGCGCACUGGCGCAGCGCUGCGCUCCUGUUAUCUCCACGGACCAAAGGGAACCCUUCCUCUCUGCGGACUUUUGCCCUCUGACUUUGAAAGGUGCAGAUAAGACAGACAACGUGAGAUCAGCUGGAACCAUGUUUUCUCCUAAGUCUCCAAAAAGUCUCUCCAAGUAUGUCUCCAGGCCGGCGCAGGGCUCCGGGGAGCAGAUCUGUAUGGUGGAAUCAAAGUCGGACUUCACCUGCAACAUCAACUCCAACAGCCCGAGACACAAGAACAAUGGCGUUGACAUCGAGAAUGAAGGCCUGGACAACUUGGCCUACGAAUAUGAGAGCCCAAGUGAACUCUACCCUCCAACCAAAACUUCCUCCAGAGCGACUUUUAAACUUCUGGGACUCUCUGCUGAGCUCCAGAACCAAGCAGUGGAGAGCAGGAUCUCCAGCCUGAACGGAGUACUCACUGCACGCUUGUCUGUACCCGACAGUUUGGCCAAAGUGGACUACGAUACCUCAGUUAUCACGACCAAAGAGAUUGCAUUGGAGAUCCAGACCCUGGGAUUUAAUGUAGAGUCGGUGGUUCAGAUCAGGGUGGACGGUAUGCACUGUAAGUCCUGUGUGCAGGCCAUAGAGGGGCGCAUUGGGGUUCUACCUGGAGUCACACACAUUCAGGUUUCUCUUCCAGACAGCUUGGCGCUUAUUGUGUAUCAACCUCCUCUGGUAACACAACAGGAGCUAAGAGACAGCAUCGAGGAGAUGGGUUUUGACUCUGUUUUAUUAGCUGAUGAUCCACCAGGACGAGGUGUCUGCUUCUGGCAGAGCGGUUCAUUAACAACGACAGUCUGGAUUGUAGGGAUGACCUGCAACUCCUGCGUGCAGUCUAUAGAGGGGCGGAUCUCUCAGAUGACUGGAGUUCAGUCCAUAGUGGUUUCACUAAAGGAGGAAAAGGGAACAGUGACCUUUGACCCCAGUCUGACGGAGCCUGAGAAGAUCAGGGCGGCUAUCGAGGACAUGGGAUUUGACGCAUCACUUGAAGAAUCUGCAAAGAGCAUCCAGAGGACUGACAAACCCGUACCUGUUAGUUCUGGACCGUUUGACCUCCAUGACCUACAAUCAGUCAAUAAAGAAGGAAUCAGCAACGGCGCUGCAUCCCAGUCGGCCUCUGGGAGCGAGACUAAAGUACAAAAGUGCUUCAUCUGUGUCACGGGGAUGACCUGUGCCUCCUGUGUGGCCAACAUCGAGAAGAACCUGCUCAAACACAAGGGAAUCAUCUCAGUGUUGGUGUCACUUAUGGCUGGGAAAGCAGAAGUGAAGUAUGAUGCAGGAGUCAUAAACACUGCAGCUGUCACUCAGCUGGUAGAGGAUCUGGGCUAUGGAGCCAAGCUGUUAGAAGAAGACGAAGCAUCGCAGGGGAAACUGGACCUCACUAUAACUGGCAUGACAUGUGCAUCCUGUGUGCACAACAUCGAGUCCAGGCUCACCUCAACCAAAGGAAUCCUCGGGGCCUCCGUCGCCCUCGCAACAAAGAAAGCACAAGUUCGAUUUGACCCUGAAGUGCUCGGAGCUCGAGAUAUAGUCAAGAUCAUUCAGAGCCUUGGUUUCGAGGCCAGUCUGGUGAAAGCAGGCUUCAAAAACAACCUGGAUCACACGGAAGAAAUUAGCCAGUGGAAACACUCGUUCCUGCUCAGCCUGAUUUUCGGGCUGCCCGUCAUGGGUUUGAUGAUCUACAUGAUGGUGAUGGACAGCCAGCAUCAGGAACACGGAGGCUCCAUGCCAGAGGAGCAGAACCUGCUGCCCGGACUCUCCCUCCUCAACCUGGCCUUCUUCCUGCUCUGUACACCUGUGCAGAUCUUCGGAGGCAGAUACUUCUACAUCCAGGCGUAUCGCUCGUUAAAGCACCGCACAGCCAACAUGGACGUGCUCAUCGUUUUAGCCACCUCCAUCGCCUACAUCUACUCCUGCGUGGUCCUCAUCGUGGCGAUGGCUGAGCGAGCAAGUCAGAGCCCUGUCACCUUUUUCGACACUCCACCCAUGCUGUUUGUGUUCAUCGCUCUGGGGCGAUGGCUGGAGCAUGUUGCCAAGAGUAAAACCUCAGAGGCUCUGGCCAAACUAAUGUCCCUUCAGGCCACUGAUGCCACCGUGGUCACUCUGGGUCCAGACCACUCCAUCAUCCGUGAGGAGCAGGUGGUGGUGGAUCUGGUCCAGAGGGGCGACAUCGUGAAAGUCGCCCCAGGAGGAAAGUUUCCUGUUGAUGGGAAAGUGAUUGAGGGGAGCUCCAUGGCGGACGAGUCUCUGAUCACAGGUGAGCCGAUGCCCGUCAGUAAGAAGAUUGGCAGUUUGGUGAUUGCCGGCUCAAUAAACGCUCAUGGAGCUCUGCUGGUGGAGGCAACGCACGUCGGAGCGGACACGACUCUGUCUCAGAUCGUCAAACUGGUGGAGGAGGCCCAAACUUCAAAGGCUCCCAUCCAGCAGUUUGCAGACAGGAUCAGUGGAUACUUUGUCCCCUUCAUUGUGCUUGUUUCUCUGCUCACGCUGCUGGCCUGGCUCGCCGUCGGGUUCGUCAACUUUGACAUCGUGAAAGAAAACUUCCCGGGUUACAACCAGAACAUCUCCAAAGCAGAGGUCAUCAUCCGCUUUGCCUUCCAGGCCUCCAUCACUGUUCUGUCCAUAGCCUGCCCCUGCUCUUUGGGGCUCGCAACCCCGACAGCUGUGAUGGUGGGGACAGGGGUCGGAGCUCAGAAUGGGAUUCUGAUUAAAGGAGGCGAGCCGCUGGAGAUGGCACACAAGAUCCGUGUAGUGAUGUUUGAUAAAACCGGCACUAUCACUAACGGCGUCCCCCGGGUCACCCGUGUGUUGGUGUUGUGGGAAAUGGCCCGCAUGCCUCUGAGGAAGAUCCUGGCGGUGGUAGGCACAGCAGAGGCUAGCAGUGAACACCCGCUGGGGAUGGCGGUUGCCAAACACUGCAAAGAGGAGCUGGGAUCAGACGUGCUGGGAUACUGUCAGGACUUCCAGGCGGUGCCUGGCUGUGGGAUCAGCUGCCGGGUUUCCAACGUGGAACAUCUGCUGCAGACGCAGAGUGAGCAGAGAUUUCUGCUGCCCGGAGCCACAACGGAUGAAAGCAGCCUGCUCGCUCCUGCAGAGGACUCGCCUGCAGGUGAGCGGUUAUCGUACACCGUCCUUAUCGGGAACAGAGAGUGGAUGAGGAGGAACGGUCACCACAUUGAAGCUGAUGUUGAUGCUGCCAUGUCCAGCCAUGAGACUAAAGGACAGACUGCUAUACUGGUAGCUAUAGAGGGGGUCCUGUGUGCGAUGAUAGCCAUCGCAGACACAGUGAAGGCAGAGUCAGCGUUGGCGGUGCACACACUCUACAGCCAGGGCAUCGAGGUGGUCAUGAUAACAGGAGACAACAAACGCACAGCUAAAGCCAUCGCUGCACAGGUGGGGAUCAGGAAGGUGUGUGCGGAGGUGCUGCCCUCACAUAAAGUCGCCAAAGUCCAGGAGCUGCAGGAGAAAGGCCUGCGGGUGGCCAUGGUGGGAGACGGCGUCAACGACUCGCCGGCCCUCGCUCGGGCUGACGUCGGCAUCGCCAUCGGCACAGGGACGGACGUGGCCAUCGAGGCGGCUGACAUCGUCCUCAUCAGGAACAACCUGCUGGACGUGGUGGCGAGUAUCGAGCUGUCGAAGAAGACUGUGCGGAGGAUCAGGAUCAAUUUUGUCUUCGCUCUGAUCUACAAUCUUUUGGGAAUCCCCAUCGCUGCAGGUGUGUUCAUGCCCGUUGGUCUCGUGCUCCAGCCCUGGAUGGGCUCUGCUGCGAUGGCUGCAUCGUCUGUUUCAGUCGUUCUGUCCUCUUUGCUGCUCAGAUUGUAUAAGAAAACCUCGGUGGAGCUGUACGAGGUGCGUGCGCGAGGUCAAAUGAGGAGCCUCCGCUCGUCUCAGAUCAGCACACAUCUGGGUCAGGACUACCAGCGGCGCAGCCCCGCUCUGCCCGUCGCCUCUCGGAAGCAGCUGAGCCAGAAGAGCGCCACCCCACCCGUCCUCCCCGGCCCACUGUCCAGCCAGGGGCCGUCCAUUAACUGUGUGCAGGAGCUGCAGGACCGCUGCUCGCUGCUGGACUUUCAGACUGCAGAGGACCUGAAUGUGUAGAGAAUGGAAAAGGGAAGGACUGAAAAGGCACUUUUAGGAAUUCAGUGGCAUCUUUUGUGAAAUAUUUUUCUGUAUUUAUGUAAAAAGACAAGUUUAAGAGCUUUUAUUGUUCAACACAUAGUUUAUUUUAUAGUCAUGAAGGGCACAAACUCUAUCCAAAUCAUUAAUAUUAUGAACAAAAUGUUAAAAGUGAAGCUGCUCAUA